AUGGCCACCCUCUCUCCGGCACCCUUCCUUCCACCUGGCCUCUUCCAUCCGUCUGUUGUCCAGCGUCUUAGUCGUCCGUUCGUCUGUCCUCCCCUGUCGUCCAUUCGUCUGCGUUCGUCUGACGUGUCUGUCGUCCCCUGUCGUCCAUAUAAUGCUGAGCUCUGUGUGAGACCUUUGUCAUUCUCUCUCCCCACCCUGGUUCCUGUCUUUAGCGAUGGAUGGGCAGACAGAGAUGAAGUCAUUGAAGGGUAUGAGGUGGAAGCCAACGGGGGAAUCACAAUCAAGCUGCAGUCUCCGGAGGUCCGGUCGUUUGAUGACUACUUCCUGAAACUGAGGCUGGACACCAACACAAGGAAUCCUUGGUUCCCCGAGUUCUGGCAACAUCGGUUCCAGUGCCGUCUGCCAGGACAUCUACUGGAAAAUCCCAACUUUAAAAGAAUCUGCACAGGCAAUGAAAGCUUAGAAGAAAACUAUGUGCAAGACAGUAAAAUGGGUUUUGUCAUCAACGCCAUCUAUGCCAUGGCUCAUGGGCUGCAGAACAUGCACCAUGCUCUCUGCCCUGGCCACGUGGGCCUGUGCGAUGCCAUGAAGCCCAUUGACGGACGCAAACUCCUGGACUUUCUUAUCAAGUCCUCCUUCAUCGGCGUGUCUGGAGAGGAGGUGUGGUUCGAUGAGAAAGGGGAUGCUCCUGGCAGGUACGAUAUUAUGAAUCUUCAGUAUACUGAAGCUAAUCGCUAUGACUAUGUACAUGUUGGGACCUGGCAUGAAGGUGUGUUGAACAUUGAUGAUUAUAAAAUCCAGAUGAACAAGAGUGGAGUAGUGCGGUCUGUGUGCAGUGAACCUUGUUUGAAGGGUCAGAUUAAGGUCAUACGGAAAGGAGAAGUGAGCUGCUGCUGGAUUUGCACAGCCUGCAAGGAGAAUGAAUUUGUACAAGAUGAAUUCACCUGCAAAGCUUGUGACUUGGGGUGGUGGCCCAAUGCAGAUCUAACAGGCUGUGAGCCCAUUCCUGUUCGCUAUCUUGAAUGGAGCAACAUAGAAUCAAUCAUAGCCAUCGCCUUUUCUUGCCUGGGCAUCUUGGUUACCUUGUUUGUCACCCUCAUCUUUGUGCUGUACCGGGACACUCCUGUGGUCAAAUCCUCCAGUCGGGAGCUCUGCUAUAUCAUCUUGGCUGGCAUCUUCCUAGGCUAUGUGUGCCCAUUCACUCUCAUUGCCAAGCCUACUACCACAUCCUGCUACCUCCAACGCCUCCUGGUUGGCCUCUCCUCUGCCAUGUGCUACUCUGCCUUGGUAACCAAAACCAAUCGUAUCGCACGCAUCCUGGCUGGCAGCAAGAAGAAGAUCUGUACCCGGAAGCCCAGGUUCAUGAGUGCCUGGGCCCAGGUGAUCAUUGCCUCAAUUUUGAUUAGUGUACAGCUAACACUGGUGGUAACACUGAUUAUCAUGGAACCCCCCAUGCCCAUUCUGUCCUAUCCAAGCAUCAAGGAAGUCUACCUUAUCUGCAAUACCAGCAACCUGGGUGUGGUCGCUCCUUUGGGCUAUAACGGACUCCUCAUCAUGAGCUGUACCUACUAUGCCUUCAAGACUCGCAACGUACCCGCCAACUUCAACGAGGCCAAAUAUAUCGCCUUCACUAUGUACACUACCUGCAUCAUCUGGCUUGCUUUUGUACCCAUUUACUUUGGGAGCAACUACAAGAUCAUCACCACCUGCUUUGCAGUGAGCCUCAGUGUAACAGUGGCACUGGGGUGCAUGUUCACUCCAAAGAUGUACAUCAUUAUUGCUAAGCCUGAGAGGAAUGUCCGCAGUGCCUUCACCACCUCGGAUGUCGUCCGCAUGCAUGUUGGCGAUGGCAAGCUGCCCUGCCGCUCCAACACUUUCCUCAAUAUUUUCCGAAGAAAGAAGCCAGGGGCAGGGAAUGCCAAUUCUAAUGGCAAGUCUGUGUCAUGGUCUGAACCAGGUGGAAGACAGGUGCCCAAGGGACAGCAGAUGUGGCACCGCCUCUCUGUGCACGUGAAGACCAACGAGACGGCCUGUAAUCAAACUGCCGUCAUCAAACCCCUCACGAAAAGUUACCAAGGCUCUGGCAAGAGCCUGACCUUUUCAGAUACCAGCACCAAGACCCUCUAUAAUGUUUCAGAGGAAGAGGAUGCCCAGCAGGGUCACUUUAGUCCUCCCAGCAGCCCUUCCAUGGUGGUGCACAGGCGCGUGUCCCUCUCGGCGACCACCACGCCUCUGCCGCCCCCCAUGACCACAGAUGAGACCCCCCUGUUCCUGGCCGAUCCUGCCCUCCCCAAGGCCUUGCCCCCUCUGCUCCAGCAGCAGCAGCAGCCACAACCACAGCCGUUGCAACAGCAGAAGUCCCUGAUGGAUCAGCUGCAGGGAGUGAUCAGCAACUUUAGCCCUGGGAUUCCAGAUUUCCACGCAGUGCUGUCAGGCCCAGGGGGGCCGGUUCCAGGGCUGAGGUCCCUGUACCCGCCCGCGCCUCCACCCCAGCACCUGCAGAUGCUGCCCCUUCAGCUGAGCUCUUUGGAGGAUGAAACUGUCUCCUCCCCAGCGGACGACGAAGAUGACAGUGAGAGGUUUAAGCUCCUCCAGGAGUAUGUGUACGAGCGGGAGGGGAACACAGAGGAGGACGAGCUGGAGGAGGAGGACGAGGAGCUGCCAGCGGGCAGCAAGGUGACACCUGAGGAUUCUCCAGCCCUGACGCCUCCGUCUCCUUUCCGAGACUCGGUGGCCUCGGGCAGCUCAGCGCCCAGCUCCCCUGUGUCUGAAUCUGUGCUCUGCACCCCGCCCAAUGUGAGCUAUGCCUCAGUCAUCCUGAGGGACUACAAGCAAAGCUCUUCCACCCUGUAG